UUCUGUACCCCAGAAAAUAUCGAACCACAACCCUUGGUGUCCAAGAUUUCAAAAGGGAAAAAAAAUGGGCCGCUCAAACCGUACUUUGUAUGUUGGCAAUCUUCCUGGUGAUAUUCGUGAAAGAGAAGUUGAAGAUUUAUUUUACAAGUAUGGACCCAUUGUUGAGAUUGACCUUAAAAUUCCACCUAGGCCCCCAGGUUAUGCUUUUGUAGAGUUUGAAGAUCCUCGUGAUGCUGAAGAUGCCAUCCAUGGGCGGGAUGGCUAUAAAUUUGAUGGGCACCGGUUACGAGUUGAACUUGCACAUGGUGGGAGAGUUUCGUCUUCAGUAGAUCGCUAUAGCAGUUACAGCAGUGGAGGCAGUCGUGGAGGACUCUCUAGGCGCUCGGACUAUCGUGUUUUGGUCACAGGAUUACCUUCUUCUGCUUCCUGGCAAGAUCUGAAGGAUCACAUGCGCCGAGCUGGUGAUGUUUGUUUCUCUCAAGUUUUUCGUGAUCGUGAUGGCAUGAGGGGGAUUGUAGACUACACAAACUAUGACGACAUGAGAUAUGCGAUAAGGAAACUCGAUGACUCCCUCUUCCGGAACCAGUUUUCCAAGGCCUACAUACGGGUGGAGGAGUAUGAUCAAAGACGUAGCUACUCUAGGAGCCGCAGUCGUAGUCCAUAUUAUUCAAGAAGCAGAAGUCCAAGUCGCAGCUAUAGCUACAGUAGCAGGAGCAAGAGCUACUCACCUAGGGACAUUCGUUCUCGCCGUUCUCGUUCAAGAUCAGUUUCUUCACGUCCACGAUCUGACUCGUCUCUUACUCCUGCUUCAAGGUCUCGGUCGAGGUCUCGCACGCCACCAGCAUCUUCUCGUGACCGUAGGCGGGCUGGUAGAAGCCCUAGCAGGAGCAGUAGUCAAAGCAUUCUCCGUUCUCGCUCACCAUCGGUGAUAUCGGAUUGAACUCUUAACAUGGUGGAUUGGAGUUGGGAUGACUGCACACAGCUGACAUCUGGUAAUUCUAUUGUGUUGCAGGGAAACAUGUUAAGCUAGUAAUAGUUUAUGGAUCUGGAUGUUACUGUUACGGAUUAUAUUGUGUUCUGUUGUGUUUCUAAAUCAUGUCUUAAAAAGAGUCAUUUGAUAGAUAUAUAUAUAUAUA